UGCUUGUUGUCCACAUCCCGGAGAGUGACCCGCACAUCUCUGGCUUCCAUGCAAGUUACCACGCCGGGGAUGUGGUACAAGUCAACUGUACCUCCUCACCCUCCAGGCCUGCCGCUGGCCUCAUGUGGUACAUCAACGACAAGCAGGCGGACAGCUCAUCCCUAGUGGACUACGCCCCGGUGCCCAACGGAGAGGGUCUGGAAUCCUCUAUCCUAGGUCUCCAUUUCCGCGCCCGGCCAAGUCACCUACGUAAUGGACACCUCAAACUCCGCUGCACCGCCACCAUCGCCGCCGUCUACUACCGAGAGAAUACCAUCUACGCCCGCGCCCAUCUUAACCGUCGCCGUGACCCCCUUGAGAGUCAGAGUAUGUUGACUGGUGUGGCGGCGGGUGUAGUGAGUGUACAGGUGUGGGUAGUGUUGCUAGGUGUGGCGGUGGGGUUGCUGAGGUAACACCCGCCCCCUCAUCUCUCCUGCUACCCCCUCCCCCUCCUUCCCCCUCACCUUGACUCUCAUUAAUUAGGAGAGGAGUCGUCACCCACUCAGGUGUGUCCCCCCCCCCUUACCAUCCCCACCACACCUGACUAAAACUAUAUACAGUGCCAAAUGUAUGUCUGCCCCGGCGACCUGAGAGUGUAACCUGCUAAUGAGACUUGAAAAUAUAGAACCUAGGAGUGCAAUACUGAGAGUGCUACUUGACUAAUGUAACUUGAAAUGUACCACUUGAGAAUACAAACUGAAACUUAAGAACACAGUGAAUGAUAUUUCCAGGGUUACAGAAGUUGAAUUUAUUGAAAUCCUGAAGAAAAAGUGAAGUUGGGUGAAUGUAAGUAAAGUUUUUGUGUGUUGCGGUGGUAAAUAUUACGCGAGGACAAUUGAGUAAAACCUGUGCUUAUAGUCUAACAUUUGUCUUGCAAUAUCACUUUUGGUCACUAUUUUUCUCUUUGUAAUAUUAUCUAUCUUUAAUCUUUAUUUUGCUGUAUCAUUAUGUCAAUAUUUAUGUGAUGGGUGACUUUUGUUCUCAUUUUAAUACAAUGAUUUAGUGUUAAUAUCUCUGGCGUAGUUAAGAAUGAAUUGGAUAAUGUUGUUCGUAAAUCUGUCAUUGAUUAUGAAAAAAAAGGGGAAAUAUUAAACGCUAUAUUUUAUAAGGUCAGUCAGUGUAGUUCUUCUGUAGGAGUCAUUUUAUAGGUUCAAAGGUGGCACGAUACUGUACUGCUUUUGUAGCUUCUUGUGUACAGGAAAUGUUAAUAGUGUGUUUAAUGAGACGAGAAAUUCCUGGUGUCAUGUCAACUGUGAACCUCCAAGGUGACUCCUGGUACAAAUAUUCACCUGCAUUUCGAGUAAAAAUUGCCGACACUGAAGUGAUAUUGCAUAAAAAACUUAUUUGAUGUGGCAAGUGAUUAAGAUGAUGUAAGUACAAGAUACUUCCUCAGUAAGUGAUAUCCGCUUACGACAGUGACACAAUAUGUGAUGUGGUGUGUUAACAGGUGAUGUCAGGCAUAAGACGUUUAACGUGAUGAUACUGAGAUGAUAUUGAUCGUACAGAUACACGUUCAGCAUUCAAAGCCAUUAAACCAGCAACUGAAACAGCGACCAAUGGCAGCAACAGCAUCGACGGCUUGGCAGCAGCAGCAUGAGGGACCAUUACUGUGUACAAUGGUGGUGACAGCUCCGAGUGUGAAUGCACGUGUGAGGGAGAGAGUGAGAGUGUGUACGUGAGUGUGUGUGUAUCUAGUAGUGAAGGACACCCCACCUCACCACCCACGCCUCCCAGUGCUCAUUAUCGACUCCCAACUGUCGCUUAUGAAUACGGCCGCAAUUAAGAGAAAAUGGACAGUAUACCCAAGGUGGCACUGGUUGGCUGGCUGUGUUUCUCAGUUCCAUCAGGGAGCAGCAGCAGCAGCUGUUGUGAGACCUUGUGCUGCUGCUGCUGACGUGAUUCAUUGUCCAACAAAUGUCAGCAGCAAAGGGGAGGUGGCGGCUGACACAGACUCGGUGAUGCCUUGUAGUCACGACAGCCAAGGUUGUGUGAUCUUUACAGGUCUCGCUUACCUCACUCUCCUCCUCCCCCCUCCUCUCACCUUCUCGCCCUCCUUCGCCCCCCCUCUCUCACCCUCCUUCGCCCCCCUCUCUCACCCUCCUUCGCCCACCCCUCGUCCCUAACCUCGACCAGAUUCGCCCCACCGCUAUAACUCAGCCAGAAUCCCCCCACAUGGCUUCGUCCUCCUCCUCCUCCUCCUCUUCCUCUUCUUCUUCCUCUACUUCCGCGUCUUCCUCCUCUUGCUCCUCCUCGUCUCGACUCUCCGCCCCUUUCCUGCCACCUUUCCGCACCAUCUACUACCCAGAUCGACUCCUCUCUCCCCACCCUCGAGCAUUUCUCCUCCCCCCUGCACCUUAAACUCAUUUCCUCUCCUUCUCCUCUCCCAUCUCCUCCUCCCAUCCCAUCAUCUCUUCUUCCUCCCAAUCUCCUUUCCUAUAUCCUCCCCACUUACGUCACCUCCUCUCCCAUUCAAUGACCUCUCCUCUUUUCCUUUCCUCUCCUCUCCCCUAGCAUUUCAUUGUCUUUUCUCCCCUUCAUUUCCCUCUCUCUCUCUCUCUCUCUCUCUCUCUCUCUC